UCGGAACAUUGGGGGAGUAUGUCGCUUGACGAUCCUCUCGUGUCAGAAGCGAUUAGAACCAUCGCUGAUGGUAUCAACAGGCGAAGGGCCGAUGUAGUGCAUACAGUCAUUACCACUGUAGCUGAGAACAGCUCGUCGGGUGGUGGCAGUGUGACACCUUUGCAAGUUGUUCUGGAUCAUGUAGAUGACAAAACAGGAACGAGUUUACAUCAUGCAACGAAGGCUGGUUGUGUUGACAUUGUAAGAACUUUGUUAGCUUCAGGUGCUAAUCCUUGUAUUAGAGACAAGCAAAACAAGACUGCCUAUGACCUUGUGCCAAAUGAGCAAAUGAGAAACAUUUAUGUCAGUGAACUGAUGCAGGCUACGGCUCACGACGGUCAGCUGGAACAUGUGAAGCAGUUGCUAGCAGUAGGUGUUGAUGUCAAUGCCCGAGAUGGCAGUGAAAAGGCUAAUACAGCAUUGCACUUUGCUGCAUCUUAUGCCAAUGCUGACAUGAUUAAUUGUUUGUGCGAGCAUGGGGCUGAUACCACUGUACUCAAUGGAGAGGGAUUAACUCCUUUGCAAGAUGCAAUGAAACGCGGAGACUCAAGUAUAAUCAAAGCAUUGGUAGAGUAUGACAUUAGGCAAAGAAGAAGUCAACCUGCAGUCAAUCAGUCUUCACCUGCUGUUUCUGCUGUGUCAGAGUCUGGACAUCUUCAACGUGAAGCUUCAACGACUUUAACAGUGACAGUUGAUUCUUCGUCUUCAUCUCAUGAGGGGAGCGCAAAUGGCAAUGUGUCAACUUGUAGUUUAUCAGACUUGUUGGAUGAAAAUGGCAGUUGUGACUCUUCUGUGUAUGUUUGGCCGCCACCUCAAAUUGUGAUUCGAAGAAAUGACGGCAUGUUCACUCUGUCAUCUACUUUGAAAGUGUAUAUUAACAGCUGUCAAGCAUCACUGAUCAGUAUAGUUCAAGUCUGGAAACGAGCAGAAGCUUGGUUUCAGCAAAUAAAUGUGGAUGUCCAAUUGGACAGCCAAUAUCACUCAGGAGAGACGGUGGUUAGUUGUGCAGUACAAGCUGAAUUGUUUGCUCAUCGUGAGUCUUAUAAGCUGACUGUGUUUUCAGACAAGGUCAUGUUGACAGCAAGUGAUUUGGCUGGACUGUGGUAUGGUAUUCACACAUUGAUACAGCUGUGCAGAAACUGCCGAAAGAAAUCCAUUUCAAUACCAACUGUCCAUAUCAGUGACUGGCCAUGCCUAGCAGUUAGAGGUGUUAUGAUUGACCUAUCUGAUGGGAGAUCACCAGACUUGGAUACCCUAAUGGGAAUUGUAGACAUAUUAUCCACUGUAUACAAAGUCAAUAGGUUGCAGCUAAGAAUAGCCAACUGUGAAAAGACAAAGCCAUCAGGAGGAACAGAAUUAGUGCAACUUUAUUCAUCCAAGGAUAUACUUGCAUUGACAGAUUACUGUAAUAAUGAAUUUAUUGAGUUGGUGCCACAUUUCGAAGACAAUGACAGUGAUUCAACUUUCUUGUUGCCUUCAGUUCAAUCUCUUGUUUCGAACUCUUCUUCUGAUGUAACUCAUUCAUCGGCCAAUCAUUUCGUUAGUCCAUCGUUUUCGACUAGGCAAUAUUGGCUAACUGGGACAGAGAGUGAGAGGGACAUUGAGGAACUGGUAGCAAGUGGGAGAGGAGUUGGAGUAGUCAGACUACAGGAAGUUAGAGACAAGGCUCAACAAGUUUGUAGCCAUCUUACUGAAACGGGGUUGAGCUUUAUGAUUGCAACAGACACUUCAGUCAGACACAGCGUGUGUUACAACUGGGAGCAAUGUUUAUCUGAUGCCUACCUUACUGCAUCAUUGGCUUUGCAGUUUGCUUGCCCUGGGAUUCUCAUCACAGACUCAAGUGACCGUCAUUGCAUUGCACCGUUAGCUAUUACUGUGUCAGCUAUGGCGAUUGGAGCUGGAUUUGCCUGGACUGGACCAUUGCAGCAGGCAAAAUUUGAAAAUUGUUUGAUUUCAACUUUGAAUCGUCAAAUUUUUUUGGAUGUCAGCAAUAGCAUUGGGCAGUGUAUUGUUGUGAUGGCCAAAACAGCAGGACUAUGGACAGAUCACACUAGUGGGCAUUUAGGUACAGUGCCAUAUCUAUUGCUGACUGAUCCAUCUGCUGUUCAAGUUUGUGUGCUGUCACCAGAAAAUGUGCAGGUGUUUCUUCGUGCAGUUCGUAGAUGCCACAAGUGGUCUGCUGACUUCAAACUUCAGUGCUUCCAAGACGAGGCGUCUAGGCGAGAAGUGAUUUUGAUACUAGAGCUCAUUACCCACAGCAGCAAAGUUGCCAAAGCUAUUGUUCAGAAUUGUGGAGAAAACGCUAGUAGCCAACAUGUGGAUCUAAGGCAACUCCCUGCAACUCAAAGAACAGAUCUAGCCAACAAGCUGCUGGGACUGAUUGACUCCAUCCGUUCUACCGGGCGCCUACGUAAUCAGGAUGUGGUGGGCAGAGAGCAGGGUUGUGUUAUGUUGCAGUUGCAACAAGUUGCGGAUGGGUUGGUGUGACGCAGUAUGACCUUCAAAGGUC